CCUGCACUCCCGGAAAACAUUUUUGUUUGACCCACUCGGGUAGGCGACAUUCUUCUGUCCGGGUGACUUUCGGGAAUAUCCAGGAUAGAAAACACGGAUUGCACGAUUUCUGCAUUUCUUUUAAUUAUUACUUGAGGUUAAUAGCUCUACAGGUGUUUACUGUGACCUCCAAAUCCGUGUUGACUUAGUUUCGCGAUCUCCAAUUACCUCAAACGUCAGGAGGAGAUCGGCGUCGUAAGGCCUGCCGGACGACUUUCGAAGAAACCCAAAAGUCAAACAGAAGCGAGAAGGAGAGGAGGAGUAGGGUGUACUCCAGCCUGUUUUGAAUCAAAACAGGUGAAGGACUACAGGUGUUGGACUAUAGGUUUUGGGCUACAGCUGUUGGACUCUAGGGGACACAACAUGGACUACAUGGACAGCGGGAUGAGAUAUACCCCCAAGCCGGACAAAGACUGGGACACGUCGGUGCAGUUCCUGCCAGCAUCGGACAACAAGCAACUGGAGAAGAAGAAGGUUCCCGGGCGCGUCGGGGCCGUGGUCGGCGUGGUCGUGUUCGCCGCCGUCCUCGCGCUCAUGACCGGCCUGCUAGUCUGGCACUUCCACUUCCGUCAGGACCGGCGUGACAGGAAGAUUUAUUCCGGGAUCAUGCGCAUCACCAACCAGGUGUUUGAGGACAAGUACGAGAACUCCAACAGCAGCGAGUUCAAGGCCCUGGCCAAGCAGGUGACAGAGCAGCUAAAGACGAUAUACCUAAGGCAACCUCAGCUGUCCAAGUACUACGUGGGCUCCACCAUUCGGGCCUUCAGUGAAGGCAUCAUUGCCUACUACAUGUCUGAGUUCAACGUGCCCAUGGGCCAGGUAUUAUCCGUGAACAAGGCCAUUGAAAACAUGAACAAUCUGGUGAAGAAGGAUCAGCGCACUAUGAAACACCCCGGCAACGCUCUGGUCUUCGACGAAGUUGUGUCUUCAGCAAUGGACGGACGCUUUUUGAAGUCGUCUUUCAACAGGCACGUCCAGUUCGCCCAGCACGCCAAGGACAACCGAAUCGGGACCAUCGAGUCGCCGGGCUUCCCCAACGCCCCCUACCCCCCAAACACCUUAGUCCAGUGGGAGCUGCGGGCAGACCUUGGCCACGUGGUCAAGCUGGACUUUGACACCUUCAACCUGGAGGCCGAAGAAGCCGACAAGACCUGCAAGAAAGACUUCAUCAAGAUCUACGACUCCCUGGUGGCCAUCGAGAGCCGCGCCAUGGAAGAGAUCUGUGGACACUACUCACCGAGUGACCCGCUCACCUUCCUGUCCUCUCAUAACGUCAUGCUGGUAACCCUGGUGACCAACGACGAGGGGGAAUACCCCGGCAUCCGAGCCCACGUGUCCCAGGUCCGGAAGGACGGACCAGGGAUGAAGUGUGGCGGGGCACUUAGCGCUGCAGGAGGAACGUUCACGUCGCCCAACUUCCCCAACUACUACCCGCCCAACACUGUCUGCGUGUGGACUAUCACGGUGCCUUCUGGGAAGUGGAUCUCACUGACGUUCACUCAGUUCUUCCUGAAUGAGCCGGGCCAGGGGAACAGCAAAAAGUGCAACAAGGACUACGUGGAGGUGAACUCCAAGAAGCUGUGCGGGGAGAAGACAGGGCAUGUGGUGGAGACGGUGAAGAACAACCAGGCCACAGUCACCUUCUCCUCGGACCACUCGUACGUGGACCGAGGUUUCAACGUCACCUACAAGGCCAUCAACUCGCUGGACCCUUGUCCUAAACAGUUGCUGUGUGAGAACCAGAUCUGCAUCAACCUCAACCUCAAAUGUGACGGCUGGAACGACUGUGGAGACAUGACCGAUGAGCGCAACUGCGUGUGCAAUGCUACUCAGCAUCUGGCCUGCAAGAACCGCCUGUGCAAGCCCAAGUUCUGGCAGUGUGACGGGGUCGAUGACUGUGGAGAUAAUACUGAUGAACUCGGCUGUGGGUGUACGGCUGGCGAAUUUCUCUGUCAGAACGAUAAUUGUGUUCUGGAGAAGAAGAAAUGUGAUGGAAGAAACGACUGUGGCGACGGAUCGGACGAGCUCGACUGUAGCAGAUCUACGAGUAUGACCUGCACCGAUGCGACCUACAAGUGCAAAAACAAUCUCUGCAUCAGCAAGGUCAAUCCCGAAUGUGACGGGCAAGAUGACUGUGAAGAUAAAUCUGAUGAAGCAAACUGCGAUUGUGGGCGGAGUCUGUUCAAAACGUCCCGUAUCGUGGGCGGCCAGGACGCAGUGGCCGGGGAGUUCCCCUGGCAGGUCAGUCUGCACAGCAAGGAUCACGGCCACCUCUGUGGCGCCUCCAUCAUCAGCGAGCGCUGGCUGGUCACCGCCGCCCACUGCGUCCAAGACAACGGCAAAUCCAGGUUCUCCCAGCCUGGGACCUGGGAGGCCUACCUGGGCCUGCACGUCCAGCGGCAGACGGGGAAGACAGCGGAGCGCCGUACCUUGAAGCGGAUCAUCCCCCACCCCUACUACAACGAGUACACCUACGACAACGACAUCGCCCUGAUGGAGCUGUCCAGCAGCGUUCCGUACAGCGACCACAUCCGGCCCAUAUGCAUGCCCGCAGCGCAGCACGUCUUCCCCCCCGGCCACUCGGUGUGGAUCACAGGCUGGGGCGCCACCCGGGAGGGAGGCCUGGCGGCCACCGUGCUCCAGAAGGCCCAGGUCCGGAUCAUCAACCAGACUGUGUGUAACAAUCUGAUGGCGAAUCAGAUCACCUCCCGCAUGAUGUGUGCUGGGGUCCUGCUUGGGGGCAUCGACGCCUGUCAGGGGGAUUCCGGCGGGCCCCUCUCCAGCCCCUCCAAGGGAGGUCGCAUGUUCCUGGCCGGGGUGGUGAGUUGGGGAGACGGCUGCGCUCGGAAAAACAAGCCGGGCAUCUACACCCGCGUCACCAAGUACAGAGGCUGGAUCAAAGAGAAAACCGGAGUGUAGCGCACGAGCACGGACAUCACCCACCCAGAGAGAGAGAGAGAGGCUUUUAAUCUGAGAGACCAAACCAAACCUGGAUCGCUCGACGAAGUCUUCCACCGCCACCUAUCAAAUCCCCCGUGGACAAUGAACUGAAAUUGUUCCUUCUUUUUUUUAUUUUAUUUUUGUCUAAUGAACUUCCAGAUUUGUUUUAAUAUUUUUAAGAUGUAAAUAGUGUUUAUUUUUGUGUUUUUAUUUGAUUGUCUGGCUGUCCUUUAUUUUACAUUGUGCUGCAGAAAGGCAUAGGGUAUGUGCUACACGGGAGCAGUCCCUUAUCGUAGGCCUUAGGAAUAAUGUUACACCAAGAACAAUAGAAAACUGCAGCACAAUUCUUCACUUCAUUUCCCCUACACAACUGCUGACCACUUUUUUUUCCAUCCCAGUGCAUGGUCAAAAUGUGAAUAGUUUUCUCUUCUCUGUGUGUGUGUGUGUGUGUGUGUGUGUGUGUGUGUGUGUGUGUGUGUGUGUGUGUGUGUGUGUGUGUGUGUGUGUGUGUGUGUGUGUGUGUGUGUGUGUGUGUGUGUGUGAGUGAUAAAUCUUAACAGAAGCUCAGGAAUAUGGUUUGAUAUUUAUGUUCUUCUAUUUGUUUGGAUGUUGGAUAAUGAUCAGCCAAAGAGAGACGUUAGUGUGGAACUUCCAGCGCUUCUGUGUAACUGCUUUGGAUUAUUAGGUUUUCUAUCCGACCAGCUGGACAUUCUGUUUUGCCAUGAAAUCACAUGGAGAGUAGACCCCUUAUAGUUUCAACUUUUAUCUUCUCUACCUGUAUAACCCUAUCAUGCACUAAAGGCAAUAUGAGCAUGAGUAUUGUGUAUGUGUUGUUUUUAUAGUGUUUUUAAAUAAAAUAUCUUACAUGCAGGUUUCUCACAA